CACUCGCGAAAAAGUAACCACAAAGUCACUCUUUUGAUCAGCCGAUCUCAGCCGGCCUGUUUCUACACCUAGCGUAAAGGAAUUGCAUAAUGGUUGUGUAUUCAUUCUAUAUCUUCGACCGUCAUACGGAAUGCAUCUUCGCGAAGAAGUGGACACCAAGGCCAACACCAAAAGGUGCACGCCCCCAGUCUGACGCGAGCACGACUCUCAACGGCGAAGCAGGGCUGAAGCAGCUCUCAGCUGCAGAUGACGCGAAACUUAUCUUCGGUGUUAUAUUUUCUCUUCGCAACAUGGUUAAGAAGAUUGGUGGCGAGGACAACAAUUUCAUCUCGUACCGCACUGGAGAGUACAAGUUACACUACUUGGAGACACCAACAAGACUGAAGUUCGUCAUGCUUACUGACACAAAGACAAGCAACUUGCGGCUUCAGCUCCACCAGAUUUGGUCGAUGCUCUACGUUGAAUAUGUUGUCAAGAACCCUCUCUCGCCUGUUGAGCACCCUGGGGGACUCGGUGUUGUCAACGAAUUGUUCGAGGCUUCUCUUGAUCGUUUUGUGAUGGUAUCGUUGAUGGGCUAGUGGACAUAUGUAUAGAUGAGCAUUUACCGUUGAGACACUCGUUUUUAUCACACAUGGAUCCAGAUCCGUGCUUGGACACUUAGUGUACGGCGCGGCGCUAUUUGUCCUCCAGCUCAACCUCCAGAUCGUUCCUGUUUUCGAAGAAUUCCCAUACGAGUUUGGCGAUGUGAGUAGGGUUUAGCACUUUUGCCUCUGGAGACACCAUUCCACCAACAAGCACUAGACCAACGUGGACACCUUGUGGAUUAUAGACUUGAUGCAAGCUUUGAACAAGGUUGCGUUGGGCUGUCUUAACAAGGGAGAGCGUGAAAAAUUCGGGGAUUGGAGUCUUGUGCAGGAAUCCGCCAGUCACGAUUAAGGAUGGGUUGGCAUGUGGAUAUGCCUUUGCAAAGAUUUGGAGCUUUGGAAGGACCCAUUUGGCAACUGAGUAGAGCCCAACUGUGGUUGUCUGUUCUACGUCAGUUAUGAAGCUUCGAAUGCCUGCUGUGCCUACCUUAAAAUCUGCCUCGAUCUCCUGGACGGGAGUCUCGAAUAGUGGCGUGGGAGAAACCCUGGCACCAUUGUACAAGGCUACCUCAAGGUCCAGACCUAAACUGUCGAUAUGGUCGAAGGCGGCUUGAAGCGAUGCCUGGCUUGACAAGUCUACCACAAUAGUAUAGAUUGAAAUGUCCAAGCUCCCAGCAGCAGACAUAACAGCGACCUUGUUCUCUUGGAGUCUCUGCGCAUUUCGUGACAGUAAGAUAAGAUGGCUGAAACCCUGGGACGCAAAUUGUACAGCAACAGCGCGGCCGAUCCCUGGACCUACCCCAAAGAUAGCAAUCGCGCGUGUCUUGGGGCUCAUGAUAUGUAUCUACAGCUGAAACUACGUCGAAGUCAGUGAAAGGAAGGAUAAUGCGGCGAAAGACUGAGAGGAAGGAUUUUUUUGAGUCGAACAUCUCGGCUUCUUUUUUUAUGUCUAAGAGAGUAACCAGAUCUAAUUUCCAGAAUCGGCAGCAUUUUCUGUAAUCGUACGCUAUUGUCCCGGAAGGUUUUUGCUCAAUGUAGCAACUGCCUAAUACAGGUCUUGCUCGAACACGGCCAAUGCUCUAGAUCAGACCCAAUUAAAGCAAAUGAUC